UGCAAAUGAUUAGAGCGCGGAAAGUAACGGGCUUUUUUAUUAGUCAUUGAAGUUUUAGUUACGGCCGUGACGAAAAGCGAUUUAGAAUAUCGAUCUAUUUUGAAUUGUUUAUGAAUACGUGUGAUAGAAUAGUUUAUUAUAUUCUUAGCAAAAAGAAAUUUAAAGAAGUGUUAAUGCGAAGAAUUAAUAGAUACGUUUAUGUUAAAUUUUCGUACUGUUGCAGUGAAAGCUGUUAUGUGUAAAGUGAUUUAAAAAUGACAAGUUGGUGUGUGUGAGUAAUAAUGAAUGCAACGGAAAUAUUGGAUUUGUUCAAUUCCAGUGUAAAUCUCAGUGGGACGCUGCCGUUCGGCUCUGAGCUGGACAUACUGUUUCAACCGGAGAGUGUCCUUAUAGCGCUAUAUGUGCCCAUUAUUCUGGUGUCUUUGGUGUCCAAUAUACUCCUCAUUGUGGUAGCUGUUAAGUGUAAUUAUACUAAGAACGUCACAAACAUCUUCCUAGUGAACCUGUCGGCAGCGGACUUGCUGGUGACAGGUAUCUGCAUGCCGAUACAGCUCAGCAAAGCCAUCACGUUGGUGUGGUAUUAUGGCGAAACGGUGUGCAAGAUCGUUAAUUACAUACAGGGUGUGGCGGUAGCAGCCAGCGUGUUCACUCUCACGGCGAUGUCGGUGGACCGCUGGCUGUCCAUCGCCCCCGAGCCGCGCCUGCGUCCCCCGGGGAGGAAGCAGGCACUACUCCUGCUGACCCUGCUGUGGGUGUUCGCGCUUUUCAUCUUCAUACCGCUGCUGAUGGUGGCGUCCGUCAGGAGGGAGACGGUGCCUGUUAUAUCGCAGACUUAUUUGAAUAUUUCGAUAGAAACGAAGGAUGUAUAUUUCUGUACAGAGGAGUGGCCGAGCCCCGGCUCGCGGAAGCAGUUCGGUACAUUUAGUUUUACUCUAGUAUACGCUAUUCCAGGUUCAAUAACAAUACUAUCUUAUGCGUGCAUGGGACGGACGCUGUGCUCCGUGCGGCCGCCUUUCGACAUAGACGAGGGGAAUGUCAGUAUGCAGCAGGGCCUCCGGCUAAUGAAAGAGAGGAAGCGAGUGGCGUGGAUCCUGCUGCUGCUAGCAGUUCUGUUCGCGCUGUGCUGGCUGCCCUACAACAUUAUGCAACUCCUGUUGGAUAUAAACCUUGUGAAUACCAAAGAUUUGAGCGCGUUCCUGCCGUAUGCACUCUUUGUAGGUCACGCGAACUCCGCCAUCAACCCAAUAGUAUACUGCCUGAUGACGAGGAACUUCCAACGGUCGGUGAGGAAGCUGGUUUGUGGUCGCGGCGUGUGCCAGCAAACCAAAUUCACGUGGCGGUGCACGCAAAAGCCGGACGGGUCGUCGAGCGAUUAUGAGCUUUAUCACGAACCGCAUAAGAGAUGUUAUUUGCAGAUGAACUCCCUCCGCUACAACGGGCACGCGCACGCGGCGGCGGCGCGGCGCACGGACACGCGCGCGCUCACGCAGCUGUCGCACGUGACGCGCUCGUCGCGCCGCACCGCGCCCGCGCACGCGCUCUCGCUCGACAUGCUGCAGCGCCACGCGCACCUCGACCUCAAGUGACGCGCCG